AUGAACCGGGAGACUGGUCAAAUAGAAAAGGUGAAUCCGGAUAUUGUUUUGUUCGGAGUGAAAAUUGUUCUAUGGGUGCACAGGAGUGCCUUGAGUGACAGAUCCAUAAAUUCAUUUUCAAAAAAUCGACAUUACCAGCAUCCAGCUUUGACACGGCGCUGCCAGGUAGAGCAUGGCGAACGCCAAGAGUUUUGGCUGUGCCCUUCAGCACCUUUGCCUCAAUCCCGGGAGUCGCCAGCAGCCAAAGAGUACCGGCUGCAACUCAGGGCGCGCUUCUUACUGAGCACGGGCCACAGCAAGGAGCAGGUGGCUGAUGAAUUAGAGCAAGCCUUGGGAUGGGUCACUCAGAGCCAGAUGGAUGUGCCUCCCUAUGUGGCGGAAUAUAAUCUGAGAAUGCUGAGCUUGGGCAUCGAGCCGUUCCGCCCUGCAUCGCUCUUGAGGAACUAUGCUAAGGACUCCAGGACACCAAAGGCCUCUACUUGGAAUGUGCACAAGCAAUGCCAUGGCGUCAGGUCACAAACAUUGCUUCGAGUCGACAGGACUGCAGCUACCCUGGUCUGUUUACCGGCAUCCGACGUCUUGAUGACGUCUUGCAACACCUGCGAGAUUUGGACAUCAAGGACCAUCAAGGACCCUAGGGCCUUCUUGCUCAACAACUUCUAUCCCGAUGGGAACACCAGCAUUGCUCUGCAUCAGCAUGACUUUUGGUCUGCAAUCCUGUCACUGGGAGCGCCCAGAGUCUUCACUGUAGAUGGAGAUCCUGUUCUCCUCAACGACGGGGAUGUAAUUGUCAUCGGCACACAGCGACAUUCAGUGCCGAAGAUGCCAGAGGUAAAGGACGGCCGCGUUUCCGUUGCUAUUUUUUGGUAUCCUGAGAGCAGAGGGCCAAUGUGUGACCGCUGUGGAGCUGAUGCACCACUACAGGAGUCGAGGGAUGGCCUUUCCUACUGCCAGGCUUGCUGGCGAGAUUGGCAGGAAGAGGACCACUCCGACGAUGCCAUGCUCCAAGUGGCACUGCAGCUUUCAAUCUUGGAGCAAUGA